AUGGCCCACGACAUCAACGAGUUCAGGGCAACAUCUCUGCGUGGCACCUAUUCGGCAAGCCGACGACUACUCGAACGCAAUCCGACAAUGCAAUGGACUUGGCGGAGACGUGGUCCAAGUCAGCAAUGUUCUCGAAAAUGCGAUUCUUUUCGGGUUAAUAGGUUCCGCGGUUCGUCGGCAUUUAUCGGUGUCGAAAAGUCGGCCACGGGAACCUGGGUCUAUUCGGAUGGUAGCGCACUGAAUUACACGAAUUGGGCACCAGGCCAACCCGCAAAUGGCGAUUGUGCAGCCAUCGGGCCCGACACGAACAAGUGGCAUUCGGUGGCCUGCGAGACGGCGUUGCCCUAUUUCUGCGGACUUGACGGGGAUGCCCGCCAGUGCCCAAGCGGUUGGGUGUAUUUGCCGGAGACUGACCACUGCUAUUUCUUGCAGAAUUUCACGACCCCGGAUUCGGUGCAUUGGCAGCUGUAUAAUUGGACGACGGCCGAGAUGGACUGCCAGAAUAUGGGUGCUCAUCUCGCGUCGAUUCACUCAAAGUUUGAGAAUGAGUUCAUCUACAAAUGGAUCUACUACGACGGGCCGACAGUCAACGGGCCGGUGCCAAACACUUGUGACUAUUCGGUGGUGUGGAUCGGAUUGACGGGCACGUUGGGCAGUGAUUCCAAGUGGAGCGACGGCACCUUCUACGAUUUCCGCGACCCGAACGCCAAACCAACCGCGCUCAAGAGUGCAAAAUGGGCGGUGAACGCAAAA